AAUUUUCACAAAUAUAUGGUACGAACCAUGGAAGACGAAUUCUCUGGCAUUGUCGGUAUCAGUUAGCCGCUGUGGGGUUACGCAAUCCUAUGCAUCUUCAUUAAUAUCCAUGGUCUCAACAUUUACUUCUGGCUUUCAUUCAUACCUGCGAUUCUUGUGAUGGUGGUGGGCACCAAACUGCAGCACGUCGUCUCCCUGCUAGCUCUUGAAGUGGCAGGGCCGUCUGUGGGAAGUGAAGUGAAGCCACGCGAUGCGCUGUUUUGGUUUGGGAAGCCCGAGAUCUUGUCGCGCUUGAUACAGUUCAUAUCGUUUCAGAAUGCUUUCGAGAUGGCAACUUUUAUCUGGUCCUUGUGGGGAUUCAAUAAGCGUUCUUGUUUCAUGAAAAAUCACGCUAUGAUCAUCAUUCGACUCGUUUCAGGGGUGGUUGUCCAGUUCUGGUGCAGCUACAGCACAGUCCCCUUGAACGUGUUGGUUUCAACGAUGGGAUCUCGUUGCAAGAAAGCCAUCAUUGCAGAGAGUGUGAGAGAGUCGUUGCAUAGCUGGUGCAAGAGAGUGAAGGCGAGGACAAACUCCAUCACCACAAGAUCCACGUGUUCGCUCGAAUCAAUCAUCGAUGAGGGCGAUGAGAUCAUCACCGUUGGAUCUCCCACGCUGUCUCCCUCUUCCUCCUUUGGCCAUAUGGAUUACCUCAAUCACCAUCAAGAAUGUGACCUUGAGAGCUCCUCCAUUACCAUUAGUGGUCACCUCGACCCCCAUGAGUUCUCGUUCCGCCAAACACCACACGACUACGUCGUUGAUCCGGACGAGGUGGUGGAAGCCAGGACUGAAACUACUCUUCUUGAUCUACUCAACAACACGUGA